CUAACUACGUGUUCAUUUUCGCGACGGUUCAGGAAGCGUCUAUAAACAAUUACAGAAACAAGCAAGAGUUGGUGCUUUCUCCUGCGAAGGAGUGCAGCAAAAACAGCACCAUGUUGCCGACCACUUCGCCUCACAGCAACGGCGCCCUUGGCCUCAGGGACGCUGCACGCCACACGGCAGGCGCCAAACGCUACAAGUACCUGCGGCGGCUGCUGCAUUUCAGACAGAUGGACUUUGAUUUCGCCCUGUGGCAGAUGCUUUACUUGUUUACGUCACCGCAGAGGGUCUACCGCAACUUCCACUACAGGAAACAGACCAAGGACCAGUGGGCAAGGGAUGAUCCUGCUUUCCUGGUCCUGCUCAGUAUCUGGCUGUGUGUGUCAACAAUAGGCUUUGGUCUGGUGCUGGACAUGGGAGUCCUGGAGACUCUGAAACUGCUGCUGUGGGUGGUCUUUGUAGACUGUAUAGGAGUUGGUCUGCUCAUAUCGACUCUCAUGUGGGUUAUCAGCAACAAGUACCUGCUAAAACAUCCCAGCAGAAAUUUUGAUGUUGAAUGGGGCUACGCAUUUGAUGUUCACCUCAAUGCUUUCUACCCACUUCUAGUCAUCCUGCAUUUUCUGCAGCUCUUCUUCAUCAACCAUAUUGUGGUGAUAAACUCAGAUUGGUUCCUGGGGUACUUUGUUGGGAACACUUUGUGGCUGAUUGCCAUCGGUUAUUAUCUCUACAUCACCUUCUUAGGGUACAAUGCUCUACCCUUCCUGAAGAACACGGUGGUGCUGCUCUACCCUUUCGCUCUGCUCGGCCUCAUCUACGUCCUCUCUGUCGCUCUGGGCUGGAACUUCACUCAGGGUCUGUGCUUGUUUUACAAGUUCAGAGUCCAGUAGAACCAGUCUGUCCCCGGGACUUGACACUAGUUGCCUCCAGGCCAACUCAAAAACCUGUUUUCAACUCAGACAUCAGAUCCAUUUCCAGGCGUGUUCGGUCAACAUCUGGUUGAGAGGGACUCGGCCUCUGGUUGGCUCUCAGUGAACCGGGACCUCUGGGUUGAUUGAUACUGGCUGUUGCUUGGCUCUCACUUGAUUUUCUGUUUGGCUCUAAUGCUGAGCUGGAUCUCCAAAGUCAGUAAACAGUGUUAUGUUUGGACUAGCUGCAUAAACAAGGGGACAGAUGAGACAAGGCUUUUAUGUUAUUCUUUUUGUAUGAUUUGUAAAUAGUGCUCUGGCAGGUUGUAAUAUAUACACAGAGGAUUGUUUCUGUGAAGAGGAUACAUUUGGUUUGUUUCUGUGAGUUUUCAUAAAAAAGACUGAAAAAAGUGAAAUCCUGCUUAUUGAAGAGAGGAAAGGAAAGUGGAAGAAUGCGGGAUGCAAUUAUUUUUCUCCUUCUUUUUUCUUAAAGUGUACAUUCCAAAGCACUUUCAAUAAAAGGUUUUAUUAACUUAA